UUCAUGUUCACAAAGUAAACAUUAUUUUGUGCAUUAUUCAUUUAUUUUUAAAAACUAGAAAUAAUGAAAUUAAAAAUUGCACUGGCUAAAACCCCGUCGCAUUCAGCCCCUGUGACCUGCGUUGGGUGGAGCAGCACGGAGGAGGUUUACUCAAUCGGCGAUGACAAUCAACUCCUUUCAUGGUCGGUCUCCAACAACCAAUCGAAGAAGGUGGCCCAUCUGGGCAAAGAUUUGUUCGCCAUCGACAUGCAGUUUUUGCCCAGGACCAGCGGCACGUUGGGCAAACACGGGGAUUUGGUAUUAAUAACGUCAGCCGACGGGAAAUUCCACAUAAUGAACCGCUCGGGCAGAAUAGAGCGGAGCGUGGAGGCUCAUAAAGGGGCGAUUUUAGUGGGGCAAUGGGGCAACGACGGGGCAGGUCUCCUGACUGCGGGAGAAGACGGCUGCAUCAAGAUUUGGUCUCGCAGCGGAAUGUUACGAUCUAUUGUCGUCUCCAGCGAUAAUUCAGUUUACGGGGCCUCUUGGGCCCCCGACAGUCAAAGCAUUGCUUACACUCAGGGUAAAUUCAUUGUGAUAAAACAGCUAGCACCGAACACUAAACCUUUACGGUGGAAAGCUCAUGAAGAAUUAGUGCUGUGUUUGGCAUGGAGUCCGGCUUCUGAGCUUAUAGUUUCCGGGGGCGAGGACUGCCAAUACAAAGUUUGGGAUGGACAAGGACGACAAUUGUUCUACAGUGGCCCACAUGAUAAUCAUAUUACCUCGAUUGCUUGGGCCCCAAAUGGGGACCUUUUCGCUGUCGCGUCCUACAACACGGUCCGGCUGUGCGACUACUCCGGGUGGUCCAGAUCUCUGGAAAAACCAACGACGGGUUGUGUUUACAAAAUGGCAUGGUCUGGAGAUGGUACUCAAUUAGCCGGUGCUUGUGCUAAUGGUCACGUCUUUUUCGCACACAUAGUGGAAAGACAUGUCCAUUACAAAAAUUUCACGGCUUCAGUAACAGAACGUAAAGUUGUGACUGUUAGAAAUGUUGUCGAUGAUACUUUAGAACAACUCGAAUUACCAGAAAGAGUAAUACAAUUGGCUCUUAAAUAUACGCAUUUGGUAGCAACCACCCCAACACAGUGUUACAUCUACAACACCAAUAACUGGAACACACCUGCAAUUUUUGACUUGAAAGACGGUUCUGUGAUUUUAUUAUUAUUAGUCGAGAAACAUAUGUUACUGGUUGAAAAAAACACCAUCGGAAUCUACAAUUAUCAAGGGAGACUAAUUGCGUCUCCCAGAUGGCCUAAUAUGAGAUUAGAAUCUUUAAGAGCAACUCAUAUUAGUUUAUCAUCUGAUACUUUAGUUGUAAGAGACUCUAUAGACUAUAAAAUCGCCCAUGUAAUUGAUUUAAGUAGUGUGAGGAGCACCACGGAGUCCUCCGCAACCAUUCAACACUUCCUACCCAUUUUACAAGUGGCUUUGGAUCAAUGGGGACCACCAAACUCUCGAAUGUUAGCCUUGGUGAACAAAACCAAAGAUUUAUACAUUGUUGCAGCAAGAAAUAACAACAAAAUAUUCCAUAAACUUGGAAGGAAAACAGAAUCGUUUCAAUGGAAUUCAGAAGCUAACAUCAUUGCAACGAUUCAAGAUACACAAUUGGUUGUUUGGUAUUGUCCCACUGCUGCUUUUAAUUCAACUCUUCUUAAAUUAUGUUCAAUGCAAUACGGAGCCCCAGAACUGGGGCGUAACCCUAGAAUAAGUGAUUUUGUAGGUAACUCAGUGUCAAUUCGGAGAGCUGAUGGUUCUUUAAUCAAUGUCCCCAUUUCUCCGUUUCCAUCAAUACUUCAUAAGUGUAUUCAAGAUAACAAAUGGAGUGAGGCUUUAAAUCUUUGUAGAUCAACAAAUGAUGAGACUUUAUGGGCAUGUCUUGCAGUUUUGACAAUUCAGUCCAGUGCUGAUGUUAUGGAUAUAGCAGAAGAAGCUUUCGCCAACAUUAAUCAUUUUGAUAAAGUGUUUUACAUUCAACAUGCAAAGAGUUUGACAAAUAAAAUUCAACAAAAAGCUGCAGUAGCGCUUCUUGGUGGAGCGCUCCAAGAAGCUGAAGCAAUUCUCUUACACAAUGGGAUGGUUUUUCAAGCCAUUUACAGCAACAUUCAAAUGCACAAUUGGAGACGGGCUUUGGAUUUAGCAAUUAAGCAUAAAACACAUAUCGAUACAGUUUUAUUCCUAAGGCAAAAUUAUUUAGACAUUUUAGGGAAACCUGAAAGCGACAACAAGUUUUCAUCAAUGAGUGAAACUAUACAAAUAGAUGCAGAGAAAGUGCAACAAAAAAUUUCAGCCGAAAUCCUAAAAUCAACACAUUGAACUAUAGUUUUGGUCAUUGUAAACGCAAUUCGACGUUUUAAAAUUAGUUAAUCUCGAUUACUGUCUUUAUUAGUUAAAUGAGCGAGUUUUGAUUGAAAAAUGGUGUCAAUCCACAAAUUUAAUAAAA